AUGACUUCGACAGUGCUGCUGAGACAGAAUGCACCUCCUUCGCCACCUCCCGAAAGAGUGACUGUAUCGGUGCAUGCGUUAGAUGCUGGUCAUUUUUCCCUGCCCGAAUAUCAAUUCGUUCAUCCAAUAUCUCGAGACGCGCGCAAGACCGUACCCUCGCUUUCCUUCCUAAUCCAACACCACAACAUACAUAGCGGAAAGACAACAAGAAUUGUGUUUGAUCUCGGACUGAGGAAAAACAUUGAAAGAUAUGCAGAGCCCAUUCAGAAACAUGUGGUCACCAGACAGCCUAUGACAACCGACCCUGAUGUAGUCAAGAGUUUAGUCAAGGGUGGACUACACCCGGAAGAUAUUGACUAUGUCAUCUACUCUCAUGUGCAUUGGGAUCAUGUCGGCGAACCGCGUGACUUUCCUACCUCCACAUUUGUUGUUGGCAGUGGAGCAACAUCACUUCUGAACGGGACAUCCGUAACACUGCGUGGCGGACAUUCUUUUUUCGAGUCUGAUCUAUUGCCUCAUGGCCGAUUCGUUGAGCUUUCGGAUCCCUCUGGCACACAGCCGAACUCGAAGUUCUCGGAGGAAGAAUCGGGCGUAUUGAACUUUCACCGACCGUGGCAACCAUACGGGCGAUGUCCCGAGACGCUAGAUCUCUUCAACGACGGAUCGCUGUACAUUGUCAAUGCUCCAGGACAUCUACCCGGACACAUCAACAUACUAGCUAGGCUAUCAGAUUCUCACCAAGUGUACCUCGCGGGCGAUGCAUGCCACGAUCGGCGUCUACUAACAGGAGAGAAGGAGAUAGGAGAAUGGAAUGAUGUGCAUGGGCAAGUCUGCUGUAUUCACGCAGAUAAGCAGGCUGCACAAGAGACGAUUUCGCGCAUUCGAGAGCUCGAACGUGAUGGGGUGGAGAUUAUUUUUGCACAUGACGUCGAGUGGGAGAAUAACCCUGUGAACAAUGGUCGUUUCUUUGGUGCAAGCAAGCUUUAG